UGGCAACCUCAACGCUGACACUCGAGAGUCGCAACAAGCCGUUUUCAAUCCUCCUCUGAUCGGGAUAGAUCCACGGGCCUUUGACGGCUGGUUUUGAUCUCACACAGUCACGUCAGCCACGACCUGAGAGGAGCUGAUUCAGAGUAAUAAAGCAAACUCGAAGGGGACAAAGCAUGACGGGAAAACACGAGGACUUCGAGGGUUUUUUGAAGAGUGUCGACAGAAUAAGUGAGCUGGUGAAGGAUCUGAAAUCUUCUGAUGUUGAGGUCCAGCAAAAAGCAAUGGAGGAAGCUGAUUGCUACAUUGCUGCCUUGGAUGAGCCCUGCAGGACAAAAGUCAAUAAGACUACAAUCAACAAAAACCCACCACCACUCCAGCCUUCCUUUAGUCCGCAGAAUGAAAGUCCAGAGAAUUUCAUGAAGAUUAUGGAGAGAGAUGCUGAAGACAGGAGAGCAAAGCGGAUUGAUAGAGAGAAAAAGGCAACUGCACUCAAAGACAAGGGGAAUGAAGCUUAUGCCCAAGAAGACUAUGAAACUGCUGUGAAGUACUACAGUGACGGCUUGGCGGAACUACCGGACAUGCAGCAGUUGUACACCAACCGAGCACAAGCCAACAUCAAGCUGGGGAAGUACAAGGAGGCCAUCGGAGACUGUGAAUGGGCCCUGAAGUGUAAUGAGAGGUGCACGAAAGCGUACGUGCAUAUGGGCAAAGCGUAUCUGGAACUGAAGCGAUAUAAUGAGUCAAGACACUGCUUUGAAAAGAUAGUGGAAAUUGAGCCUGGGAGAAAGAAGAUGGUAAAAGAAUACCUGACACAGGUAGAUUUGGAAGAGGAGAGGGAGACUCAGGAGAUGAACGCAAAGCAAGAGUUUGACGAGGGGAAGGGGAAGGGGAAGGGGACAACCAUGCCCCAGCUGCUGGAGAAGCUGUCGAGGCCCGGCCAGAUUCCCCUCUUCUACUGUGGAGGAUUGGGAAUCCUGUUACAAGCAGUUACUGACUGUGCAGCCCAGACCCUUUUCAGACUGAACAAUGGCUUUAGUAUCAUCAGCGGCAAUGACACAGUGAGGAGAUGCCUGUCGCAGGAAACAAAUGAUGCAGACAGCCAAGACUUAUGCGCGUCUGUUCUGAAAUUAUGGCGGGUUCUUUGUCAUGGAAAUGAUGAAAACCAGAAGUCGUUGAUGGCAUGCCCAGUCACUAGACAGGCCGCCGUUCGUUUGGUAACAUCAGAGCAUGAUGCAGUAAGGAAAGAAUGUCUGGCAUUACUAUAUGUCUACUCACAGAUGCCACAUGGCAGACGAUUGGCCAUUGACAGCCUGGAUGUGCAAAUGUUAGUGGGGAACCUCAUGGUGUGCAUCUUAAAGCCAAAGGAGCAGCAGGAGAACGCAGCAGUCAACAUUCUGGAGAACUUCGCAGCAGAAAACAAAUUUUCGAUUAAGUUGAGGAAUGAUUUGACUGAUUCUGUCAUUGUGCCAUUAACAUCAAUACUGAGGAAUAUCAGCGAGUCCAAUCGUCAUAUCCUUCCUUCACUGAUAUCGGCCAUUGGCUGUCUGGUUCGAGACAACGUCAUCCGUCACAAACUUGCUAAUGAUCCAGAGUGUUGGAAGGCCUUUCCGGUUGCCAUUAGGCAGUGCAGUUCAUAUGAAUACAAAGAGAUCCUUUACCCCAUACUUGGAUUGAUCAUCAACCUUUCAACUGUGACCUCUCCAGUCAUCCAGGAGCAUGCUGCCUCACUCUGUGACUGCUGUCAAGGCCUGUUGAGGGACAGUGACGGAGGAGUCAUAACUAGAGCCACCGGUGUGCUGAGCACUGUCCUCCCUCAGUCCUCAGAGGCUGUUCAGCGUAUUAUUCAGGGGGAUGUGGUUCGGACCAUGUGCCGGUUACUAAAGGGAGCAGGGCAGAACGCCACUAAAUAUGCCAUUAAGACUCUGACAGUGUGCACUGCUGCUAGCCAUUUGGCUCGGGAGGAGCUGGUGAAGUCUGAUAAAAAACUGUCCGUUUUACGUCAUUUGCUGGGAUCCAGUUCUGAUGAGUUGGUGUCAGGAAAUGCAGCCCUCUGCUUGGCCCACUGCCUCGAGUUGGAGGGAAUUGCCAGCAGUCUGCUGGGCACUGAUAUUGUGCUGCUGCUGCUACGCCAUGCUGCAGGGGAUGCGAAGAGGACAGCUGUGCAGCAAAAUGCAGCGAUUGCCCUGGGGAAGCUUUGUCGAACGGAGCCCAGACAUAUGAACAGACUUCGAGAACUACACGGCUUUGAGGUCCUGCACUCCUGUAUGAAGCUCAUCGCGUGAUCUCAUGACAACAACAUGCUUUAUAAUGAUGCUUGCCUUAGGCCGAGAUGCCUAACCACCUUUUGGGGAAAACAGCAUUCACAAAAUGAAAAUAAAAGUCAUAUAUUCAUCA